AUGUCACGGGUUAUGCGCAGCGAGCCGUACAGGGCCGUACACGGGCUGUUCCUGGCGUGGAAAGAUGUUGCGCAGCCAGAGGCGGCCAUCAAGGAACAAUUGAGAGACCUCAAGGACACCCUGGAAUAUUAUUACAACUACGACCAAAUCGAAACGUGGGAGAUUCCCUCGUACAAACCGUACAACGCCCUGGAUCGAAAGCUGCGGGAUUUUAUCGACGACAACGACGGCGAAAAGACGUUGCUGAUUGUGUACUACCGCGGCCAUGCCACAAGGGACGGAAGGUCGCUUGUGCUCAAGUUGCGUAACAGCAAAGAAUCCCCCGGCCUGUCAUGGACGGCCAUCCAGCACAAGCUCAUGGUCGACGUCGAAGCCGACGUCCUCUUGAUCCUCGACUGCUGUCACGCCUACAGCGCCGCGUACUCGGGCUUGAGAGGCAGAGACGCCAGCUCGGAAUCUCGGGGGUGCGUAGGGCUGCUAGCAUCCGUCGGCGACGACGAGCAAUCACACCUGCGCGGGGAGCACACCUUUAACAAGAAUCUCAUUGCGCAGCUGGAGGAAAGCCACGCCGAGCCCGUCGAGGUAGCUCGGCUCUGGAGUGACCUGGAGCAGCGAUGUUGCAACUGGCGAGAUCUCCGGCCCGAGGACGCGUGGAAGAUCAAGAUGCCCCGGUUUCGAAACUUGUCGAUCCAUAUUGACCGGCAGAUAUGGCUUAUGAGAAUCGAUGAGCAGGCAGACGCCGAGAAGAUGCCCCAAGCUCCGCUGGCGGUCAUGCAACCUCAUGUCGUGUCCCGACGACGGGUCCCGACGCCCCCCAACCGGCGAAGCCUGAGACGUAUCCGAAUUUCAGGCCCAUGGCAUGGUCGUUUGAGCUGCCUGAAAGAAAAGCGUGAGUCCGGCCGAAUGGUCCUGGCGCAAGCAAAGCAUCCGCGCAGCUAA